UCUUUUAACUAACUCAAGUCUCAUAUCAGCUUUCAUAUCGUGUUUUUCACUGACUCUGCAUCGAACGCUUACAAUAAACUUUAUAGUUUAUUUAUAAUAUCACCUGGUGAUAAAUAUUGAUUUGUUUUUGUAUUUCUUGAACAAUGUGUGAAAUUGGAGUUUUCGAUCUGAUCAAACAUUGUCAUCCAUCGACCAUUCAUUUUCUGCUAAGGAGACCAGAUAGCAAUUUCGACAUUGGGGUCAGGAAUAGUUUUGGUCAGAAUGCACUGAUAGUGGCGGCUACCAGAAAGGGGUCAGUGGCCGAGAAGAUCAUCGAACACUUACUUGAUUUUGGGUGCGACUACACACAACGAGAUAUUUUUGGUCGUGACCUCCUGUUCUACAGUGUCAUAUUUGGACUGGACGCUUUAGCCUGUCAGUUGAUAUCUUCUGGGGAGUUUGACCUAUUCCAUCGGGAUAAAGAAGGUCGGACUGUUCUGUUUCAUGCUGUUUGCAACAACAGCAUCAAAAUUGUGCGACAUCUGUGCUCUCUCAUGUCAAGACAUAGAAUGUUUAAGAGACUGUUGUCAAUAACUGACAACUGCGGAAACCAUCCGAUUGGCCAAGCGUUUUCACUCGGUCAUCGAGAAUGCUACGAGCUGCUUAGAAAACGCCAAAACGACCUUAGCGAUGAAAAUUUGAAGACGUCAAAAUCAUCAUCGCAGAGUUACUCAAUUCAGCUGCCACAAAUUAUGAAGAAACCAGUUGGAGGAUUGAAUUUAAGUUCACCCCUAACCAAGCAAGAGGAAACACCCGAGUCAGAGCGAGAGAUUUUCGCACGAAAGGGAAGAUUUCGUCCAGGGGAGCUUUCUUACUUUAAUGGGCCAGAUGACGUGAAAAGAAGUUUGAGCUUGCUGCUAAACUUGCAGGCACUCAAUACAUUGCCUAUGAUUGUGCCUCAAGUGUCUGCCGAGUAUAGCGAUCCAUCAAGGAAAUCGAAAGACGAUUUCGAUGCCUACGAGAUCACUUUGAGACGGUUCAAAGAGGAGGAAGUCCGGAGGCGCAAAAUGUUGAUGAAUUCUGGGGAGCUGUCGAAGAGCUACGCCAGCAGCAGACGAGACAGCAGAGCGACAACUUCCCGGUCGACGAGAAGGAAGGUCUCCACCGCGUCUAAGAAUUGACUUCAAUUGCAAAUUGUAGAAUAAUGUUACUUAAAAAUAACGUCUGUUUUCAACAUACUUUCAUAGUACUUUUUGGUUUGAAAACCGAAGCAGAGGUUGGCCUUGCUUUUUAACAUUCACUAAGAAACUUGACGUGUUAUAGAUCUUCUAGACCCUUAGCUAACUUGAAUUAAAGAACCCGCAGCUAAUGCGAAGUAAAGAAAAUCAAAAAACUAUCUCAGAAAGUAUAU